GUGUGGCAGCAGAGUAGAGCACAGCUGUCUCGGGCCGAACAACCUGGUUCUAGACCUCAAAUGUCACAUUCUUUUUACUGUAUGUUAGCCUAGCAGCUACACGUUUACAACCUUGUUUCCCGCUAUCUUUAGCCGCUCGCUUUGGUCGUUUCAUCGGUGGGUGUCCCGUGUCGUCCGUUGGUUUCGCGUUAGGAUGGUUUUAUCAACAUCACAACAAGUCGCCCUGGCUUUCACGGCUGUGCUUUUCACGUUUGUCGUCCUGCCGAGGUUGUUUGGCGUCGGCGGCGGGACUGGAGCCAAGGAGACAAGGUUUGACCCUCGUUACACCAGAAAAGGUCCAGGCCCAGGUGCAGUCAGAGGUCAGCCCGUCAACGUGAACGGCCCCGGCUCACCUCAGACCCCGGAGAAUAUGCAACAGAUGAAGAAGCUGAUGGAGCAAGAGCUGAAGAGUGACAAGUACAAAUCCAACAGCAACAAGGGCUACGUGUUCACACUGAUGCCUCUGUAUGCCAUCGGAGUUGGUGUGUUUGCAGCCUACAAGUUUUUGAAGAUCAAGUCUGCAGAUGACCAGGCACAAAGGGACAAAUUUGCAAAAGGGGCCAAAAAGUCAGCAGAGGCAGAAAACCAGUUGAACGAGCUGGAACAAAGGCUGGCACAGACAGAGAGGAUGCUCAACUCCAUCCUCACCCAGCUGGACCCGCUCACUAACUGUGUGAAGUCAGUGGCCCAGGAGCAGAAAAAUGAGAUUAUGUCUCAACUACAGACCAUCCGGUACCUGAUGAAGAAGAGAGGAAUGGACUGUCCACCACUGAACAUCAACGAGGCAUCCUGUGAGCGUAAUCUGGACCACCUCAUUGAGUCCCUGGGUGCCAGUGACUCCUCGGCAGCUGAAGCUUCUCCGGUGGACAAGCAGAGCUCUGGAGCAGCAGAGGCUUCUGAAAAAGUCUAUCAACAGCAUUCAGAAGCUAAAGAUGAAGCUGCAACAGAAGGUGAAGAGAUGAAGGAGCUCAUACCAGAGGAAUCUGAUGGGGAAGCGGAGAAAGAUGAAGCUGUGUUGGAGGAGAUGGAGGAGGAGGAGGAGGAGGAGGAGGAGGAGGAGGAUAGAGUAGAUGAGGAGGAGGAGGAGGAGGAGCACCGUGAUCUCAUGCCUUCACUAGAGGACUCUUGUGAGCCAAACACUGAGGAGGUGUUGCCUGCUUCUGGCCUCCGGCGACGCAACAGGCCUGAAUGACGUUGCUACAGGACAUGCUCUGUGAUAGAUUAUUAUGAAUAUUUAUUAUCUGAAAGGCUUUCCCUCCAAAAUGCUGUUGACUUAUUCAUCAAAGACAUAAAAUGCAUUAAUAAGAAACAAUAACCUCAUAAGGAAAGCUCUCUAACUAAACACAUAGGGCUGUAUUUUCCUGUUGCAGUCACAAAGACCUGGGUACAGUGUGCUAUGUGCAAAGGGGUUGGUUGAGAUGGACGUGUUGAUGAGUCAUCAUGUCUACAUGAGAGCAUAAUUAUUCCCCAAAUCGACAUAAGAGAAUAGGUAACAAAAUACCUAAGUAUUAGCUUUUCUCAUGUUGCUGGAUCUGGAGGAUCGGGGGUGGGGUGGGGGGGUGUUAGAGUAAUAAGACUCAAAAGAGGUGUAAUUGUCUUAGUUUGUCACAGUUGCCAACAGAGACUCUGAAAACCCCUGCCCUAAAAGAUCAUUAGAUGGUGUGAAACGUACUCGAUGUGCACAAUUUCUCACCACACAUUCUAAUUGUAGAAAUACCACUUCAUGUGGUAAUACCUUCAAAUUGUUUUUGCACAUGCAGGUUGUUUACACAUCUGCCUUCAUGUCGUCAGACAUAUAUUUUCAGAUAAACCCCCCCUAUCUGCAUGAGACCAUAAUGUUGCUUUUCUCACUUUUGCACCUUUUGCACACAAAACCACAGAAGAGACUGACUAACCGCAGGGUAUUCAGUGUUGGAAAUAUUCCAACAUAGCUUUGUUUUAGUCUUUGUGCUUGACAUGAAAAUAGAGCCCAUAAUGUCCCAUACUUCUCUACUGUAAGUCAUUUUGUAACACUAAUUAUCACCUUUUUAAACUUGCCUGAUUUUGGAAUGAAAUUAUUUUGUACACAGUUUUGGUUACUAACACUCUCAUCAGUUUAGCUGUGCACCUGUUAGAAAAUGCCAAACAUUUAAAGCAUCUAUAAUCCAUGCUAAGUUUGCCUUCACUUUUCCUUUCUCAUGGUGGACGACUUGUCAAACACAGGUGCAGCUACUGACAUGGCUACGUUCCGUUCAGGUUGAGGUCUGCUAUUGUUGGCAUUGGCUCACUGACAUGUUUUACCAGGACAGCUGAAUGGAACAAACCUCUUUAAUAUUAUUUGUCUCACCUGUGCUUUUCCUGCUAGUCAAAAUGUCUGCUUUGAGAAAGGUCUGUUGACAUCAUUAUUUUACUGUUAUAAAUGCCACAGGAUAUAAGCUUGGAUGUCUACAGGAAAUGUGCUAUCAUUGUUACAUCUUCACCCUGCACCAUCCUGUGCUGUCACCCUCAGGUUGCUACUGGAAUAACAACUAUCCAGCUCUUGUCAGUCAUGAUAAGUGAAAUGAAGGUUUGGGGACAAUUUCAAAUUGAUGUACUCGUGACAAAAUGCAUAAAAGUCUUAGCAAAAAAUCCUUUUUGUAUUUUGAAUAUGUACUAAAUUCUUUUUUAUCAUGAAGGGAAUUGACAUUGCUGCUGGAUGUGAUGAGCCUACUUAGAUUGCAGAAUAUUCUAACCUACAUUUUAGAAGUGUGAACUUGGGCUUGUGGCAUGUUGUUAAUACAUCAAAUGAUAUUUGUGCAUGUUUUAUUUUCUGUAACUGUUUUGCCUGCACAAUGUGACUGCAUGACGUUUUUAUUUAUUCACUCAAAAGGAAAAUGACAAUCGUUUCAUCAGCUGGAAACAUGAAUUCACAGUCAACAUUUCAGCAGCUUCAUUGUUAUUUUAUUUUUGUAAAUAAGCAUUCUUUGGGAUGUGUUAUGUCUUUGUUAGAUAUUUAUUCGAUACCAAUGCCCUAGAUAGAAAUAAUCAGUUGUCACUCUUGCCUUAUAUUUCAGUCACUCUUCUGAAAUUGUGUUUAAAAUCCUUGUGAGAGCUCACUGUUGCGAGGCUUUAAGGUUGUUUACAUGUUGUCUGUUGUUGGGUAAAAUACAUCAAACUACUAUUACAUUGCAUCUCUAGAUUUCUAAAUUCAACAAACAGAUUUAGGUUCUGACAAAUCUUGUUAUUUGUGCUGGUGUCAGUUAACAACCAA